AUGGGUUGGACAGCUCUACACCAUGCUGUUGCUCGAGGUGAACUUGACAUUGUCAAAUAUUUAGUAAAACAGGGUGCAAAUGUAAAUAGCAAGGAUUCUAAUGGCAGGACAGUUUUGCACUUUUCUGUCGAUGGAUAUUUACGCGACACUGUAAAAUGUUCAGCUAAAAAUGGUACUGAAAGAAACGGAAAGAAUUCUGAUGGAUUGGCAGUUCUGUACAUCACUGUUGAUAAAGGUGUACCUGUCAUUGUAAAUUAUUUAGUUGAACACGGUGCUAUUGUAAAUUGCAAGGAUACUGAUGAAAUGACACAUCUCUACGUUGUUGCUGCUGAAGGUGUACAAGAUAUUGUAGAAUAUGUGGUUAAACAGGGUGCAAAUGUGAAUGGCAAAGAUAGUCACGUAGAAACACUUCCAUGCACUCCUGUUGUUGAUAAUAACAGUGACAUUGUCAAAUUUUUAGUUGAACACGGUGCUGAUAUAAAUCAGAAGAAUUCAGACGGACACACAGUUCUGAAAUUUGCUGUAGCAAGUGGUGGAUUAAACGUUGUUGAGUACUUAGUUGAACAAGGUGCUGACAUAACGCCUGGUAGUAGUCUUGGUGUUGACGCCCUACGAAUGGCUGUUGUCAAAAACUCCGCGCUGUUGCUCAAUAUUUUGUUGCAAAAAAACAUCGAUAUAAGAAAUUCUGGAACAUUCCUUGUUGACGGAAGGCAAAUGAAUCUUCUGGAAUGCAGUAUUCACCAUGGUCAUGAUGAAAUUACAACUAUUCUCAAAAUGUCAAUUAAACAUCGUGAGAAAAUGCAGAUGUUAAAAGCAAUGAAUUGCAACCAGUUAGAAAAGAGUAAAAUACCAAUGAAGGCUUUUUUCGCAAAAAGUGAACUGAAAAUUGGCGCUGGUUCUCAUGGUUCGUGUGUCUAUGUUGGUCUCAUGGAGGAUGGAAGUGAAGUUGCUGUUAAGAGAGUGGUUUUAGAAAGUGGGGCUAAAACAGCUGAAAACGAAAAGGAAAUUAAGAGUCUCAUAGAAACAAAUAAUUCCCCGUUUAUAGCAAGUUAUCGACAUUUUCAUAAAGACGACACCUUCAUGUAUCUUAUCGCUGAUCUUUGUGAAGAAACCUUGAGAGAACUUGUUGAUUUUCAAAGUAUUAAAUAUCUACAAAAGAAUGGUCCACGGUUGAUUAAAGAAAUUUUAUCCGGGCUUGAAUUUCUUCAUGGUAUAGGAAUUUUGCACCGAGAUCUCAAACCAUCAAACAUUCUGGUAGAUGUCGAGAGUCACUUGAAAUUGGCGGACUUUGGAAUAAGCCGGAUUCUAAAAAAGGACGAAACAAAAGUUGAAACCCAAGCUGCAGGUACAGAGGGAUGGAUGCCCGCAGAGGUAAUCUCAGCAUUUGGACGAGAAGAAAAAGGUCAUUUCGGGAAGAAAUCGGACGUCCAAGUUGCGGGUAUGAUCGCUUUCUUCAUCUUAACCAAAGGCGAACACCCUUUUGGUUCUUCGUUACAUCAAAUGAAGAAUAUUUCUGAAGGAAAUCAAGUGAACAUAAAGAAACUUGGUGAUCGUAAAGCCCGAAAGUUUGUGUCCUGGCUGAUUAAUCACAAGAUUGAGGAUAGACCUUAUGCUCACCAGGCUCUAACAGAUUCAUUCGUCAAUACAGGAUAUUGGGAACGUGUUUUCGGCAAUGACACAAUCAAUGUUUAG